GGAACGCGAAAGUGCCCACUCGAAUUCAGAAUUGCAUUUUCGCUCACAUUUCUGUUUCCUAGUGUUACUGUUACUAUAUAUGGAGAGAGAGGGACAUUACUGUUGUCUCCAUGAAACGUUUUCACAUCUUUUCUGCGCUGUCUGUGACUACUGGGAAAGAAAGAAAAUUUGAUACUUUGGUUGAUAGAUAGAUUGAUCGGAGAGGGGAAGAAAUGGGAAGGCUAUUUUUGAUCAGUCUUGAGGGAAACAUCUAUAGUUGCAAGCACUGCCAUACCCAUCUUGCUGUUGCUGAUGAUAUCAUCUCUAAGUCUUUCCACUGCAGGCAUGGAAAGGCUUAUCUCUUUGAUAAGGUUGUGAAUAUCACAGAAGGAGAGCAAGAUGAGCGAAUGAUGAUGACUGGAAUGCACACUGUUGUUGACAUAUAUUGUGUUGGUUGCGGUUCAAUUUUGGGGUGGAAAUAUGAGUAUGCACAUGAGAAGAACCAGAAAUACAAGGAAGGAAAAUUCAUCCUUGAAAGGUUUAAGAUUUUGAGUCCUGAUGGAAGCAACUACACGGGCACUCAAGAAGCUCAGGGUGUCGGCAGUGAUGUCGAUGAUGCUUGAUUGGCCACACGGUUAGGAAUGAUUUCUGAAACUGUAAAUUUUCUGCUUCUUGUGCUUAUUUCCAAGGCUGCUAAAGGGGUUCUAGAUUUUGC